AUGCCUCCUACCUCAAACAUCAAAAAGAGGCAAAAAAUCGUCCAAAAUCAGUAUUCAGGAUACAUCAUCCCAUCACCAACAACAAAGAUUGAUGCCAUUGACGUUUCGUCCUCAUCGGCAACAAUAACUCCUGAGACAUUUUUCAAAGACUAUGUAUCGAAACGUAAACCGGUGAAAAUUGUCAACAAUGAUGAUGCCAAUUUGCAGUUUAUCAAUGUAAAGAAAUUUCAAUUGAAGAAUUUGCAAACUACAUUGAAUUAUAAUGAUGAGGAGUUACAAGUUGAGGAAUUGUUUCAAGGUGGGUUCGGACUGGGACAGAAACGUGUUGAUAUGAUGUUGAGCGAUUUGGUUGAUGAGUUUGAAAAUGGGGAUCGUGAGUUGUACUUGACUACGCAGUACGACCGUGAAGGUGAAGAUGAGGAAGAAGUGGAGCGAGAAGAUGCAGAAAAAGUGGAUGCAGACAAUGAAGAGGAUAAGGAGAGGGAGGUGGAAGAGGAGCAGGUAGACGAAGAUGAAGAAGAAGAAGAAGGCAUGUUUGAGCAAAUGUCAAAUGCAUCUUCCAUAGACUUGAGCAGUCUUCGUGAUGACUUUGACGAUUUCGACAACAUUUCCAAUGAAGAUUCUGAUUACGAGGCUUACCAACGAGUCAAGACUCUAUACCAACCACCAUUAACUAACCUUGCCAAGCAUUCAGCAACAACAACAACAACAUCAUCAUCAUCAUCAUCAUCAGAUAUCCUACCUACAAACCCACCACUUAUACCAAAUCUAAUUCCACAACAAAUCAACAUCUGGAUGGGCAAAACCAAAAAUCAUUCCAAGAAUGCCCAGUUAAACUUCGACACAGACCAAUUGGACCGCAGUAUACCCAACAAUGGAACAAGUUCAGGACUACAUCAUGAUCAUGCUGACAAUUUGUAUAUCCUAGUCCAGGGCCGCAAGAGAUUCACCAUCUACAGUCCAAAUGAUGCGUUGAAGUUGUACACUGUUGGAAAAGUUUACAAAAUAUUCAGUAAUGGAGUAAUUGAUUAUGAAUGUAAUGAGCAGUUCCCCCAUUGGCGACUGAUUCGUGAUGAUGGCGCCAUGAUUGAAGAUGUCUUGCACUGGCAAUUGAGUCAAACUGAAGAUGAGGAUGAGACUGAACAGUUGAAUGAAUUGCUCAGUGUUUACGAAACUAAACGGAAAUCAAUCAAGCCAGGUAAAGAGAGAGUUGGAAAUGAACAGCAGCUGUCGCGAGAUCCACCAAGCUUUUCCAAAAUUCCUCCUUGUUUACUACACAUUGACGAGGUUGAAGAUGCCAAGCAACGGGAAAAGUUGAUUGAGUUUGCCAAUACGCAUUUCCCGGGUUUCCUAGAAUUGAAUAAGAUAACUGUGUGGUUGAAUGCGGGAGAAAUGUUGUACUUGCCUGCAAGUUGGUUUCACGAGGUGUCUAGUUUCGGUGAUGCAGUAGAUUCCAAUAAACCAAAUGGUUCAGGAGAUGUGGCCACUGACCCUGGAGCUGACACUAGAACUGGACCUGGAACCGGGGUUCAUAUUGCCCUAAAUUACUGGUUUGUUCCACCAAACAAAGAUGAUUUUAAUAACCCAUACACAGAUGGAUACUGGGAACAGGAUUGGCAAGAGACGAAAGAGGCUAUUGAGUUGUUUGCGAAGGGCAGUAGUGCUGUUGAAAAGUAA